AUGCUUCGCUCAGGUUGGAUCUUGUGGUGGUUCCCAAUCUCUUACGUCAAUAACAGUUCGGUUUGUCGAACGCUUCUUCUUGCCACCGUACCAUCCGUCUUUGUACUUGGAGGAAGCACGCUAGGCUUUCUAAGUGGUGGAAUUGCGGCCACCGUGCUAAUGUGUUUCGUAGCUGCAAAUCGAUGGAAAACUGACAGCGAUUAUAAGAUUGUGUACGAAGAAAAGGCAUUCGAACUACUCUGGAAUCUCUUUUUUAUGCCGUUGCUCUUUGCAUUAAUCGGCAUGAAGCUUGACUUUUCAAUGAUGACAUGGCCAACUAUACUGACCGGCUGUGCGCUAAUCGUCAUCGGAGCAAUGGCUAGAUUCUUAUCGGGAAUCGCAUUUUCCUGCUGCUCUGAGUUCAAUAUGAAGGAACAAAUAGUUCUUGCGCUAUCACUUCUCCCGAAAGCUACCGUUCAGGCAGCUCUCGCUCCUGCUAUUACGGUAUAUGCUGCUGGAAAGGAAGGAUACGAGAGCGAGGCCCUCAUGGUAGUGCAUAAUUAUAGCGACACAUUUGAAUAUUUUGCCUUAGCAUCAUAUGCUGCUUUUCGUAUUGCGUCGCAAAAUAUGUCAUUUGUGCAUGUUGUUUGGAUCGAUUGCUUGAUGUGGAGGAUUUUCCAGGCUCAACUGUCAUGCAUUAUAACAAUUCUGCUCACUGCUCCUUUGUGCCAUUAUCUUCUCUCGAAGGCAGCUCCUCUACUUCUGUCAAAUGCUCGUGUUGUGGACGCUACCAAGAGCGCUCUUAAUGGCGGUCAACAUGCCACAAAAGUAGCGAAUCAUUUCGAGGAAAUCGUUGUAACCACGAAUCGUAUCGAGACGGACCUUCGAUUCUAG